CACCCGGGAUGCGGCAGGGUUUGGGGAGGGGGGGGGCUGUCAAAGUUUGUAACUCCCGCGCGGCCCCGGUGCACCCCCCCCCGUGGGGUGCCCUGCCGGGGGUGGGGGGCACCCCCCCCCGGAGCGGGGAGGGGGCGAGCUUUAAAUGCCAGCCCCGGGGCCGGCUCCGUUCCUGCAGGCGGGAGGGCGACGGCGGCCGGGGGGCUGCGGCCAUGGGGGCGCGCAGGGCGCAGAGCCCCCGGCUCUGCCAGGGCGCAGAGCCCCGGGGGGGCCGGGAGGGGCGGGGAGGGGCAGGGGUCUGGGGAGGGGGGGGCUGCCCUCCCCCCGCCUAGUCUUGCCUCCUCUCUGCCUCUCUCCGUCUCUCUCUCUCUCCCUCCUGAUGUUUGAUCCCGCCGCGGCGCCCGCAGGGAUGAGCGAUGGAGGGGCCGAGCCUGGCAGGAGCCCCCUGCUGCUGGCCGAGCCCGGAGCCCCCGGCCGGGCCCGGGAGAAGGCACCGAGCCGGGAGGAGCUGGAGAACGCGCUGCGAGGAGGCGGCGGUGGCUUCAAGGACAUCCCGGGAACGUCGGCGGUCAGCCCCGGUUCCUCCAAGGAGUGCGCCCCGGACACCGAGAGCCCGUCGGGACCCGGCGAGGCGGAUUAUUGCCGCCGCAUCCUGGUGCGAGAUGCCAAAGGGACGAUUCGGGAGAUCGUCCUCCCCAAGGGCCUGGACCUGGACCGGCCCAAGCGCACGCGGACGUCCUUCACGGCGGAGCAGCUCUACCGCCUGGAGCUGGAGUUCCAGCGCUGCCAGUACGUGGUGGGCCGCGAGCGGACCGAGCUAGCGCGGCAGCUCAACCUCUCCGAGACCCAGGUCAAGGUCUGGUUCCAGAACCGGCGCACCAAGCAGAAGAAGGACCAGAGCAGGGACUCUGAGAAACGCUCCACCUCCACCUCCGAGUCCUUCGCCACCUGCAACAUCCUCCGGCUGCUGGAGCAAGGCCGGCUCCUCUCCGUCCCGGCCCCCCCCAGCCUCCUGUCCCCCACCUCCCACCCCGUGGGGAGUCCUGCGGGCAGCGGGUCCGGCGUGGCCACCCCGGGAACCACCUCACCGGGGCUGGGUGGCCGCAGCAGCCCCCCCGGCACCGGAGCCUUCAGCCUGCAGAUCCCUGCCCUCGCCGCCUCCUCCUCCUCCUCCUCAUCCUCCUCUUCCUCCUCUUCCUCGGCCAGGCUGCCCGCGGCCCCGCUGUGCUUCGGGGCGCCGCUGCUGGGCAGCCUGCACGACCUGCCGAGCGCUUACGGACUGGGCAGCUCCGCUUUUGAGCCUUACACGCGGCUGGAAAGGAAAGACAAUUCUCUACCCAGCAAGAAGCCGAGCCCUUAAACGAAAACGAGUGUCAAAAGGUGUCCUCCCCCCUCCCCAUCUCCGUCCCCACGCACCCUGCGCCCCACGCGGGGCUCGUGUCGUGAGUGGGGGCUGAAGGACUUCACCAAAGGGCCGGGUGCUGUGCGUGCACGCCCGGCCCCCUCCCCAGGAUCUAAGAUCCCACCGAGGACCACACCGCCCACCUCCUCUCCCUAGGGCUGAUUCCGAGCCUGGUCACCACUGCCUGGGUUCCCGGGUGUCCCGGUGCUGCCGCGUCCCCUCCCCACACCACUGGAUCCACCAGGGCCACCUCCCCUUCCAGGUACCCCCUGGGUUCGCAGGACGAUGCUGCGGGCCAGGAGCAGCCCCCGGGGGUGGGCAGGGGGUGCUGAUGCCCCGUGGACGUCUCCUGCUGUUCGCUCACAUCCCAUGGAGUGGCACGGGUGAAAACGCAGAGCCCUGCUCCCCGCGGGUUGUCCCCAAAAGUGCUGGGGGGUCACCACGUUCCAUGGUGCCGGAGGGUCCCGGUGCCAAAUCCUGCUCCCAGGGCUCAGCCCCAGCAGUGGUGGGGGUCUCAGGGCUCAUCCUGCGGGCGGUGCUGGGGCUGCUCCUGGGCAGCACCGUGCGGGCAGGACCCUGGGCUGGCACCUCCCGGGGGCAGGAUAAUCGGGGGGCAUCCCCCUGGCAGGACACCCUGAGGAGGCAUCCCCCUGGCAGGGUGCCCCGCGGUGGCAUUAUUCCCAUCAGGGUGCCCCGUGGUGGCAUUAUUCCCUGCUAGGAACCUCCCUCUGCAAAUUUCUGUCCAGGAAACAAAAAGAGGAGAAGCAGGAGCUGGGAGCAGAGCCAGCCGUGCAAGCACGGAGCGAACGCCAGCUUUAGGAGCCCCACAUUUUGCUUUUCCCAACUGAACUGAAAAUAUUUGGGGAAGAGAGGGAGAAAGAAGCCCAAAAUAACACCAGAAGCACUCCCAGCAAGGAGGGGCCGUAGCAGGGACUGUUUUUCCUUUAAACCAAGCGUUUCUGUGGCACAGCAGCUGUCCCUCAUCACGCCUGGAGCACUUUACGGGAGCGCGCUGCCCAGGGCGCAGGUGGGGAAACUGAGGCAGGAGGAGGGCUGGCAGGGGGCAGGGGCAGCGCCGGGGGCACGGGGGAUGCUCCCUGCUCCUGCUCAGCUCAGACCACAGCUCCCAGCCCUGGGGGGGGCUGCAGGCAGAUGCCCCCGUCCCCAAAUGUGGCCCCCAGUUCCCCGUCCUCCCUCCCGCACCAUCACCGCGCUCCCAACGCCGCCGUGGCGCUGGUGCCCGACCGAGGUUUUGGAUUUCGGCAGGACGAGGACCUUCCCCCUCCCCAAAUCACUUAAUUUAUAUUUAUAUCGCCGUUUUCCAUCCCCACGGGCUCUGGGGGUUUCGGAGCGAGCGGGGCCGAGCUGGGGGGGGCUGGUGCUGGGUCCCGCAGGCAGGACCUGCUGGCAGCCCCCCCGGCUUUGGCUCUCCCCGGGCGAGCUGUGCCACCAAAAUUUCCCGAGGGUUUCGCCCUGGUUCCUCCCCUCCUGGGUGAACCGGGAGGAAAUUCGGGGUGGUUUUGGUUCAGAAGUGGCCCCCCUGGCGCUGAUGCGGUCGGGGACGUUUGGGCUCACUUUGGAGAGCGCCAGGCUUGGGUUCGCUUCCCAAAGUUCCCCAAAAUCUGGGGUGCUCCGAGGAUGCCCCGGGGGUCUCCUGCGCCCCUGUUCCAAUUUUGAGGGCAGCAGGGCAGGCAGAGGCUGUAACACGGAGCAAUUUUGGCAAACUAAACCCAAGGAAAGCUGCCACAAACCUACCCCAAGAUGUUGCUGCUGCCCCAAAACCAACCCAAGGGGGGCUCAGGAGGGGAGCCCGGUCCCGGGGUGCUCGCCCCCAGCCCCGCUCGCCCCCAGCCCCGUGAGGUUGGAGCAAGAGAACCAAAUCAUGUCCUGUAUGUGAAACUCGGCGUGGUUUCUGAUGGUUUCUAAUGGUUUCUAAUGGUUUCUAAUGGUUAAUAAAAGUGACGUCCUGCCUCCCG